CAACCGUAGAUGCUGUCACUAAUGACAAUAUCCUUGUAAAUGUCAUUAACAAGCUAGAUGAACCUUUCCUUAUCACAUGGAAUGGCAUCAAACAGAGAAGAACUUCAUGGCAAGAUGGAGCUAUGGGAACCAACUGCCCAAUCCCUCCAAACUCAAAUUGGACAUACAAGUUCCAACUCAAGGAUCAAAUUGGAACCUACAAUUAUUUCCCAUCUACCAAACUUCACAGAGUUGCUGGCGGUUUUGGUGCUUUCAAUAUUGACCAAAGGUCUGUGAUAUCCAAGCCGUAUCCUGAACCCGCAGCAGAUUUCACCUUGCUCGUUCAUGAUUGGUUCAAGACCGACCACAAGUCACUGAGGCGACAACUGGACGCUAACAAACCUCUUCCUUUUCCUGAUGCUCUUCUCAUAAAUGGCCAAAAGAAUUCAGCCGUAUUUACCGGUGAAAAAGGGAAAACUUACAAGAUCAGAGUGUCCAACGUGGGAAUAGCAACCUCAAUUAACUUGAGGAUUCAGGGGCAUAAGAUGAAGCUCAUCGAAGUUGAAGGAGCUCACACACUGCAGGAAGUUUACGAAUCACUGGAUGUUCAUGUGGGCCAGUCACUAGCAGUCUUGGUUACACUUGAUGGGCCACCUCAGGAUUACUACAUCGUCGCAUCAAGUCGUUUCACUAAGACAAUGCUCACCGCCAUAGCCACUCUUCGUUACGUGGGAUCUAACAAAAAGGCCCCUGGACCUCUACCCCCUGGCCCUACUUACCAACUUCAUUGGUCCCUGAAGCAAGCCAGGACCAUCAGGUUGAAUUUAACAGCAAAUGCAGCCAGGCCGAAUCCUCAGGGGUCAUUCCACUACGGAACUAUACCAGCAGUGAGGACAAUCGUGUUAGAGAAUUCUAAGGCCAUUAUAAAUGGAAAAUUGAGAUAUGCUGUGAAUGGGAUUUCCUACGUGGAUCCCAACACUCCAUUGAAGCUGGCUGAUUGGUUCAACAUUCCUGGUGUCUUUAACCUCAAUACUAUCGGAGAUAGCCCUCCUCGUCGCGGUACCCCUGCUAAGCUUGGAGUCUCUGUCGUAGGACUUGCCCUUCAUGACUUCGUCGAAAUUAUUUUCCUCAACAAUGAGACCACUGUCCAGUCCUGGCAUAUGGAUGGAUCUAGCUUCUAUGCCGUCGGGUACGGCUCUGGUGUGUGGAAACCUGAGAUGAGAAGACGUUACAAUUUGGUUGACGGUGUUCCGAGGCACACAGUUCAGGUAUAUCCACGUUCAUGGAGUGCAAUAUUGGUGUCUUUGGACAAUAAGGGUAUGUGGAACUUGAGAUCUGCAAUAUGGUCAAGGAGGUACUUGGGGCAAGAGUUGUAUCUGAGGGUGUGGAACAAUGAAAAGAGCCUCUUCACUGAGACUGAUCCGCCUCCCAAUCUACUUUUUUGUGGCAAGGCUAAGCACCUGCACUAGUCAGUCAUAGUCAAAAAGAACCAUUCUUUUCCACUUAAAUUUGAUCACUGUUGGUAGUGUAAGUUGUAGCUCUCAAUAUCUUUCUUUUCAUUCUUAUUAUUAUUUUGUUUUAGAAUUUUCAGUUGCGAGGGUGUGACUGUCAAAAUACAGUGAAAAAAUGCACAUUUGCUUUCGAAUAUAAUAAUAUCGAGGUUAUUAUAUAAGUAGAAAUGCGAAGGUGCUAUUGCGUUAAUUCAUUAGAUUAU